GGCUUUGCCCUAGGAAGCGAGGCAGGAAGGACUUGAACUAGCGUGCAGCCGCCUCCGCCAGCCCUGCCUCCGCCAGACCCCGAAGGGGCUGCGCGCCCGGCGCCUCGGCCGGGUCGGAGCCGGGGCCAGGAGCGGCAGAGGCAAAGUCCCGAAGGCAGAGGCGGGACGGGGCUGCAAGGGAGGCGGAACCGGGGGAGGGCGGUCGACCCUGGGAGCCGAGCGCGCUCUCUCUCUCGCGGCCCCCCCGUCCCCGGUGGCUGAUCGCCGCUUGGCAGGAGGAAGCCCCCCCUGGCUGCGGAUCUGACUGAAGGGGGGCCGGGCGGGGAGGGAGGGAGGGAGGAAAGGGGUGGGAAUCCCUCGCCCUCCGCGCGCUCUCCGGGGCGCACGGCGCUUUUUCGUCGGGGUGGUUUCGCGGGGCUUCUUCGGAGCCGGGGAGCGGGCGAAAGGGGAGCCGACGUCGCCGGGGGCACCUUCGCCAGCAGCAGCAGCAGCAGCAGCAGCAGCUCUCCCGCCGCCUCCCCCUGGCCGGGAGAUGGUGACAUAUGAAGCGCGCUGGAAGGACCAUGGUUGAGCGGAACAGCAAGUUCCUGCUGAUCGUGGCGGGCUCGGUGUGCUUCAUGCUCAUCCUCUACCAGUAUGUGGGGCCGGGGCUGAGCCUGGGCUCGCCGAGCCUCCGCUCCUACCAGGACGAGCUGGACCUCUUCCCCACGCCGGACCCGCACUACGUGAAGAAGUACUACUUCCCCGUGCGCGAGCUGGAGCGCCAGCUCGCCUUCGACAUGAAGGGCGACGACGUGAUCGUGUUCCUGCACAUCCAGAAGACGGGCGGCACCACCUUCGGCCGCCACCUGGUGCAGAACGUGCGCCUCGAGGUGCCCUGCGACUGCCGGCCCGGCCAGAAGAAGUGCACCUGCUACCGGCCCAACCGCAGGGAGACCUGGCUCUUCUCGCGCUUCUCCACCGGCUGGAGCUGCGGGCUGCACGCCGACUGGACCGAGCUCACCAACUGCGUGCCGGGAGUGCUGGACAAGCGGGAGAGCGCCGCCGCCGCCGCCGCCAAAACGCCCAGGUGAGCAGCAGCAGCAGGACGGGCAGGAGGGAAGCCCGGCUCUCCCGGCGCCGGGAGCUUAAACCUCCUUGUUUACUUUCAUUGCCGGUUCUGCUCCCCACUCCUUUAUCCUCGCAGCAACCCUGCGAGGUAGGCUAGGGCCCCAACUUCACUACUGAUUUUGCAAGUGGGUGUUCUCUCUCUCUGACCUGCUAACCACUGGGCUACACUUUCUGCACUUCCUCUCGAGAAAGUGGGCCUGGUUGGAUCUUCUGGACCUGGGUUCCAGAGUGUGUGUCAUUCCCAUUGCCUGCUUAUAUGGCAUUUUUGGUUGUACUCAAGCAGACUGUGGUGGUAAGGGGGCACGCACAGAUCACACGGGGCUUGGCUGUUCCUUCACGGAAUAGUCAGACUUGGGAACUUGCAUUUAUUGCACUUGCUGCUCAACCUGCUUCUGGGGUAGGUUUGGUGAUGAGGCAGAAAAUAACAGGAGAGUUGCAAGUUGGGCACAUGCAGCCUAACAGACUGUUCGCCCGGCCCCUGUCCUCAACUUGCCAGCUUAGUCCUGUGUAAUUGUCCUCAGAGCAGAUCCCCUUCAUCAAUAGGGUCACCACUCUGUCCCCCACCCACACUUGUGCACCUUUAAUAGUUGCACAAUAUACAGAAUUUAGCAGCUGAUGUUAGGGGAGGAGGAGGGAAAGUACUGUACCUGUGGAAUUUCUGCCCUUAGUAAAGCUGUUAAACCUGCAACAGAAGCUGGGGCAGAAAAGUGUCAGCCCUAUCUGCAGCAGCCUGCUUGCCUUCAUAUUGUGCUCAUGCUGAACCAUCCCUCUACCUCAUAAUAACCAUCUCCCCUUACCCAAACCACUUGCUACUCCUUUUCUUCCCUGCUCUGUACUCUUCAGGGCAUGCCUUCCUCCACAGACCUUAACUGGACUUGAUCAUUUUAAAUAUUGGAGUUACGAUAUUGGAAUCAUUUGCAGGCUGGCUUGAGAGAAAGAGCCUCUGAGUAUGAGCAGAGUACUGUGAAUUGCAAUGGUGAUGUGCAGGUUAAAGAAACAAUUAAUAAAUCCCUCAUUCCCCUUUCACUCCCUGUUUGGGAAUAGGGAACAGAAUGUUUGAAACAGAUUGUGUACUCCUCAAGCAAAUUUGAGCCCCGGGAUUUUCCAGUUCGCAAAUGAAUCCCUGCAUCUCUCCCAGCACACGUUGGGCAGAUGCCUCCGCACCUAAUUCUGGGAUGCCCACAUCACCCCAAUGCUGCAGCAUAUAGUAUUACUCCGGACCUUGCACCCUGCUCAGCACCGACCCCCUUCCCCUGCUCUGUAGUCUGCACCUCACAGCCUUGACCUUUCUGACUGCUUAGCCCACCUAUAGGAGGCACACCACAAGGGCCAUUGAUCUCCUGGCCAUUGUACUUCACAUGUCAAAGUAUCUGAACAGCAUUUCUGCUUGUUGCCCCUUUCUCAUACUAUCCUAAGUGUUGUCCUGUAGCCAUACAUAGCCUACCCUUACUAGUAGCAUUUUUCUCUCCUGUAGUCUCCCAUCUAUAUAUACUGCACAGAGUGCAUUGUUCAAAGAGUGCUCUGCAUUCCUGCUUGUGUGCCCUUGUCCUGGACUGCGUCCCUAAGAACUUUUUUUCCAGGCUUAGACUGCCCUGCUGUUCAUCCUUCCUUUCCGCCAAACCUGUGGACACACCCGCUUGAUUAGCCUGUGAGCCCUGAUCCUCCUUUUUAGAUGGCACAAAUUUGCCUUGUUGCAAAGCAUCAUUCCUUCCUCAUCUGGUUGCCUACCCCUUUUCUUGCCUUGUGUACUUGAACCCAGUACUUCCACACGGCAGCCACCGAAACGCUUCUUCCUGUGGUUGCUUUUCCUUUCUCCUGGAUUAGUGGGGUUUUUUGGGGGGGGAACAAAAAACAGGACAGCUGAACACCAGCCUUUGGGAAGCAAGGAAAGUUGUCAACAGGCAUGAGUCCCAUGCCGCUGCCCUGCUUUCCACUUUUCGUAUCCUAACUUAAAUAAAUAAAUAAAUGCCCCCUGCUCCUCUUAUUUCUCCGUUUAAUAUCUCUUGGCCUUUCCUGAUCCUCCAAACCGGCUGUGUUUCUUUAAAUCAUUUAGAGAUGCUUCUAAUUCCUUCCUCUGUAAUUUUAAUAUGUUGGAGUCUCAUUCAAAGAGCUAUUGUUCCCUCUGUUGUCCUACCUAGUGAAUGUAAAUCAUCGAUUGUUACUACCCUUUAGAGCCUUUUGUUCCAAAGUUUAGCUCCCAUAGCUCCGCAGGAUUUUAUGUUCACAUUUGUUAAUGCCAUGUGCUGUGCAUGUAUAUUGUUAAUAUCCUUUAUAAUCCUUGCAGUGAGUAGGCAGCCUUGGAAGGCAGAACCUUGUAUCCCCCCCCCUUUCUUCACUGCUGCUAUGCUCAUUUCUUUCUCUUCUCUUUUUGCUCCAUUUCGGUUAGACUUGUUCGUCAUGCAGUGCUGCAUGCAGUUAUCAAUUAUGUCUAUUGAUUCUGUUGUUCUUCCUAGCUUUUUAACUCAUCUUGGUGGAUUUCAUCAUUAAUCGCUCUCGCCCUGCCUUAUGCAGGCUGACGCAGGAGUAUCAAAACAGGGAACUUCUCCCAGAAGGGCCAAACCCAUUUAGGUUUCUUUUCUGGGAAGACAGACAUGUGUAAACAGUUACAAACAAUGCCCUUCCAUGUUUACUGUGUUGACAUUUGGUCAAGAGCUGUGAUGUCGGAAAAUACCUUGCAAAGUUAAAAUGGUAGAAUGUUUAUGUUCUUCUGGCUUUUGUGUUU